AUGGAAUCCAUUAGUUUACAGCAUCUCGUAGCAAAUAGUGAUGAACUGACCAAAUUAGUUGUAUCUAUUUAUAACAGUAAGAUAAAACCGAUUUAUAAGCAGCUGCUGACGCUGAGACCGAUAGAUCUACUAGAAUAUACCGAACAGUUAUUCGAGUAUUUUCUAAAGGGUAAUACAGAUUCUUUAGAUUCUUUCAUAAUUGGCUAUUUCUAUAUCAGUUUGGUUAUACCGACCUCCCAUGCAAUGAUAAAAUCCAGUAAUAACGAUUAUAUUGCUAUUUAUCAGGAUUUGAAGAAAUAUUACGAGUCACAGCCCAACCUAAGUGAUCUUCUGUUCAUAAUUAGGAGCGAAUCAGAAAAUAUUUUGCAGAGUUUUGACGUAGAUGCUCCUUCUUCUCAUUCCCAACACGAGGAAGACAAUACUGCUGAUUCAUCAACAACUAUAUGGCAAGCCCCAUUUCUAGAGCCGAAUGACCAGCUAAAACUUGCGAUAAUUUCAUCAGAGUCUGAAUUAGAGUCCGAAACUGAGGUUGAGGCUGAAAUUGACAUUAAUGCAAAUGAGAGCAAAUAUACGAACUUUAUUAAUGACAAGACGAUUAACGACGAAGAUACAUAUUUGAAGCACCUUUAUGAAGAAUGCUUCAUUACUCCACAUGAAUUAUUCUCAAUAUUAUCGAACCCUUCUGACAGAUUAAAAAUACUGAUUAUUGAUUUGAGGUUAUCGCGAUAUUUCAAUUUACAAACUAUUAGAUCACCAAACUUGAUUAAAUUUGAUCCCAUAGAACUUUGGAACAAUCGUGAUCAGACACCUGUUCUACAUAGAACCAGUUUGUUUUCAAAUCCACUUUUCCAAAAAAUUGACUUAUUCUCCUACAUUAUUAUCUACUCUGACAACGAGACAACAACCGCUUUUGAAUCGUUUGAAUAUAAUUUCAGUUUUUUCAAACUACUAAUGUCGUCUUCUAUGAAAGUGACCCCCAAUUUCCUAUUAGGUGGUUUUGAGAAAUGGGAACAAUUAAUUUCGAGCUACUCAGAACAGUAUGGUAUCGAAACUAGUAACUAUAUCUUCACCAAUAAUAAAAGAUUCACAGAGCCACCAUCGUGGAAUCCCCCACCUGUACCUCAUGAGAUUAGGAAAAGGCCACCUCCACCUCCACCACCCAACUUACCUUCGCGUACAUAUAGUACAAGGCAUACUCAAGGAUAUCGAGAACAACAACAACAACAACAACAACACCAUCAUAACCAUCGUCCUAAAAGAAUAGUAACCCGAUAUACCAAAUAUGGCCUACCGCAUUUGCCGCACUCAUCAAAUCUAUACGUCCAGUUAUCAAUAAGCGGCCUUCGAAACCUUGGUAACACAUGCUAUAUCAAUAGCAUGUUACAAUGCUUAUUUGCAACGACCGCCUUCAGGAAUCUAUUUUUAAGCAACAGAUACAAGGAAUAUAUUGGGACUAAGGUAGACCCACAUCUUUCAAACUCUUUUCAUAUUUUAUUCAGAAAGAUGUAUUUGAACGGGGGUUGUGCUGUUAUACCUGUUCUAUUUCUAAAGACAUGCAAUUUUCUCAGGCCUGAUUUAAGGAUACCUGAUGUACAGCAAGAUACCCAAGAGUUUCUUAUUUUACUUCUUGAUCAGCUACAUAAUGAAUUAAAAUCUAAUCAAGACAGGCUAGUCAGCGAACAUCCAGAUUUAAUUGAAUAUGAUACUGAUAGUAUGGAUGUUGAAAAUGCCAAUGAAUACAAAAAAUGGUUCGCAGAGUCAUUAGAAAAUGAGGGGCUUUCGCUGAUACAUGAAAUUUUCCAAGGCCAAUUAGAGAACUCACUUGAAUGCCAGCGUUGUAAUUAUACUUCAACGAAUUAUUCAAACUUCUGUACCCUAUCACUCUCAAUUCCAAACAAGAGAAGAAAAUUUAGAAAACUUGUAGACUUGGAAGAUUGCAUAUCAUUGUUUAUUGAAAAUGAAAUGUUAACGGGUGAAAAUGCCUGGAAUUGUCCAAAAUGUUCCAGUAGUUCAAAUAAUAACACAUCUAAACGUAAGAGCAGAGGCUUUUUCAAAUUUUCUAAGCAUAAAAAUAGGUCUCACAACGACUUGACAUUUUCAGAAUAUAACCAUAAUAGUAGUAGCGAUGAUGUUAAGUUUAGUAAGAAGAAGUUAGUCACCAGAAAAUCGACAAGUUUUAUAAAACUACCAAAUCUUUUGAUCAUUCAUCUUUCAAGAUUUUCUAUGAGUGGCUUGCUAGAUAAGAAUAACACAGACAUAGCAUAUCCAGCAAUCCUGACAAUAACUUUGAAGAACAAAGAAAAGUGCAGAUUCAAACUAUAUGGUGUAGUGAAUCAUUUUGGUAAUUUGAAUAAUGGACAUUAUACCUCUUUAAUCAAUAAGGAACCAUCGCAUGACCUGAAUCCACAACGUCAAAAAUGGUUUUAUUUUGACGAUGAAACUGUUAAGCAACAGUUCAAUUAUUUUGAUCUCGAUAAGAAUGUGAAUAGAAUAUCGAGUAGCGACGUAUAUGUUUUAUUUUACGAAAAGAUAAUAGAAUAG